AUGUAUCCUCCACCAUCUCAUGUCUCUAAAACUAGAAGAGUAUUGAAAGUUAAAUAUGAUGAUCCUGAUGCAACAGAUUCUUCAUCUGAUGAAAGAGAUAAUAGUAUUGUGGAUCCAACAAAAAGGAAGAGAGUUGUGCUUGAAAUUGCAUUGCCUAAUGUUCCGUGUGACCAAAUUGUUGAUAAUGAAUUGAACACGAAUAAUAAGAGUGUUGGAACACGAAUACAUGCAGUGAAACAACCAUCUUGCAAAUACAAAGGUGUUCGGAUGAGACAAGGGGGUCGAUGGGCAGCAGAAAUCCGUAACCCGAUUGAUGGUACCCGUAAUUGGUUGGGAACUUUCGACAGCGCGGAAGAUGCUUCUAAAGCUUAUCAAGCUAAGAGACUUGAAUUUGAAACUAUGUAUAAGAAGGAUUUGAGUAAAAGGAAGAUGAAUAACAGAUUCAAAAAAGUUUCUUUUGCUGAACCUUUGGUUGCUUCUUUGAAUGACUCCAAGAGAGACACCUCAAUAUAUUUGUAUCUUCGCCUCGAUUGGUUAGCCCUGAAUUGGUUGAAAGUGUUGAGGUUUCAAAUGAUGAAACCAAUUCCUUAA